AAUAUGCAAUUAAUUUAUUUUACUUCAGUUGGUGGGUAUUGUAUAUCGAUUGAAAGUGGAACCAAAACACUGAGAGUAACAGAUAUAAUCUGUGGCCCAAGCUAUGGAAUCAGGUAAAUACAUAUUAUUUAAUUAUUUAAAUUUAGAUUUAAUAACUAAUCAUGUUUAUUUAUUUAUUUAUGUAUUUAUUUUUUUUUUUAGCAUUGGAAACUUGGGUUCUGGAAAUUCUAAAGCCAAUGUCACAGAUGUGAUUAUAAACAGAGCCAAGCUUUUUGGAACUAAAUAUGGUCUCAAAAUUAAGACUAUUAAGGUAAUUAAUUAAUAUAUUACAUAUAAUUUUAAUUUUUAUUAAAAUAUGGAAAAAAAAAAUAUUAUAGUGUACUAAUUAUUAUUAUUUUUAUGUUGUUUAAUUAAUAUGCAGGGUGGUUCAGGUAGUGCAAGUAAUAUAAAAUUUCAGAACAUUGAAAUGAAUUAUGUUCAAAAUCCCAUUGUAAUCGAACAAAGCUAUUGUGACCAAAAUGAUAAGCUUUGUAAACUGGUAAAAUAUAUAUUCUUUUAAAAAAAUCUAAUUUAAUAUGUUUUUUUUUAAUUAUUUUUAUAUAUAACGUGUGAAAAAUCUUAACAGGAGUCGUCAUCGUCGUCAUCAGAUGUUGAGAUUAGAGAUGUGGUUUUGGAAAAUAUUAUAGGAACAAGUGUAGCAAAAAUGGCUAUAAAAUUGGAUUGUAAGGAAAGACGUUCUUGUCAAGGAAUUACAUUAGACAAUGUUCACUUACAAUACUUCAAUAAAAAAUAUGGUCAUACUAGAGCUUGGUGUCAAAAUGUUCAAUUUGCUCACUUUGAAAAUGUUGUUCCAAGUUGUACUCAACCAAAGACUGAACCAAACACUCAGCCUAAGCCUCAACCUCAACCACCUCAAACUCACCCUCAGCCUAAGCCUGAACCUCAACCUCGGCCCACACCUCAACCGAAACCAACACAACCGCAACCUCAACCGCAACCUUCUCAACCAAAGCCCACACCUCAAAUUCCACAACCACAACCCACACCUCAAAUUCCACAACCACAACCCACACCUCAACCCAAGCCUCCAAAACAAACACCUCAACCACAACCCAAGCCUCCUCAAUCUCAGCCCACACCUCAAACUCCUCAAUCUCAGCCUAUGCCUCAAUCUCCAAAGCUAGCACCUCAAACUCCUCAGCCUCAACCAAAACAAACACCAACACCUCAGGCUCAACCUCAGCCUAUGCCUCAACCCCAACCAAAACAAACACCUCAACCUCAACCUAAACCAACGUCACCAGCACCUCAACCGAAGCCCCAACCUCAGCCCACACCUCAACCAAAACCAACUCCUCAACCUCAACCAACACCUCAAACUCCUCAACCUCAACCAAAACCAUCUCCUCAAACUCCUCAACCUCAGCCUACACCUCAACCAAAUCCAACUCCUAAAACUCCUCAACCGAAGCCCGCACCAAAGCCAACACCUCAAACUCCUCAGCCUCAGCCCACACCUCAACCAAGACCUCGACCUCAACCCCAACCAAAGCCUCAACCUAAGCCACAACCACCUUCGAUUCAAACACCAAAAAUUAUUAACGUUGAUGAUUUUGGAGCAAAAGGGAAUGGCCAAGAUGACACAACGGCAUUUGAGAGAGCAUGGGAAGAGGCUUGUUCAUCCAACGUUGUUGUUACUUUAAAAGUUCCUCAAAAUAACAACUAUUUGCUUAAACCAAUUGUCUUUCAAGGCCCCUGUAAAUCAAAUGUGACAAUUCAAAUUGAAGGAACAAUAGAAGCAUCAACAGAUCGAUCAGACUAUGCUGGUGCACAUGAAAGAAAUUGGCUUAUGUUCCAAAAUGUUAAGAAUUUAAUAGUUGAAGGUGGUGGAAUCAUUAAUGGCAAUGGACAUCUUUGGUGGGAUCUCUCUUGCACCACAAACAAAACACCUUCUUGCAUCACUAGAGCACCAACGGGUUUGAGUUUUGUGAGUUGUAAUAAUUUGGUUGUGAGAAAUCUAAAUGUAAGAGACUCACAGCAAAUGCAAGUCAUGUUUGUGAAUUGUAACAAAGUCAAAGCUUACAAUCUGACUGUGACAGCACCAGCUCAUAGUCCCAAUACAGAUGGGAUACAUGUAACACAUUCUCAAGACAUUGAGAUUUCCAACUCUGUUAUUGGAACAGGUGAUGAUUGUAUUUCAAUUGUGAGUGGAUCCAAAAAUAUUACAGCUACAGAUAUAACAUGUGGACCAGGUCAUGGAAUAAGUAUUGGAAGUUUGGGAGGUGGACACUCAGAAGCUCAUGUUUCUGAUGUAUUUGUUCGUCGAGCUCAAUUCUAUGGAACUACUAAUGGAGUUCGAAUUAAGACUUGGCAGGGAGGUGUUGGAGAUGCCAGCAACAUUACAUUUCAAGACAUUGAAAUGCAUAAUGUUAGAAAUCCGAUUAUAAUUGAUCAAAACUAUUGUGCUCGUAGUACUACACCGUGCCAAGAACAGGAGUCUGCAGUGCAAGUCCGAAAUAUUUUAUAUCAAAAUAUUAGAGGUACAAGUGCAGACGAAGUUGCAAUAAAAUUUGAUUGCAGCCAUAACGUUGAAUGUGAAGGAAUUGUGCUAGAAGAGAUCGACCUUCACAUUCAUAGUCACCGUCGGAGUAACAGACACAAUAGAGGAGAUGGAGAUACUGAAGCUGUAUGUAGAAACAUACAAUUUACUAAUAUUGGACACGUUUUUCCUUUGUGUCCCAAUUAUUAGCAUUUUAUUAGUGAUUUGUAUUAGUAAUUUUCUUUUAUAAAAUUUUAGUUUUCAAUGUAUAGUUAUAGUUAUAUAUUUUUGUUCUUUAGUUUCAAACAUUUUCUCUCUUGUUCCAAAUAUUUUUACAUCAUGAGAAUCCAUGCAAACUUGUCAAAAUCAACCAUAAGAAGACUGAUGUCAUAGUUACAAAUUA